ACCCUUCUCAUAACGAACCUCUCCGCAGGCUGGCUAGCUUGUCCGUGCACCCAAGCACUUUUAAAUGGACCUCCCUACACCAAGGGAACUAGACCUUGAGACCGAACUCAGAAAACGAGAUGCUCAGGUCGCUGAACUAACGGAUGAGGUUACACGUCUUCGCCAGCACCUUGCUGCUCAGAAUGGUGCAUCGACUACAGAUCCGGUUACAUUACCUCCUGCGCUAGUCUCUGUGUUGUUACCGCACAUCAAUAAGGCAGCUUCUAGUGAAGGAACAGGAGUGGCUUCUUCGUCGAGUACGGUUAACACCGCACUGACGCAGAGGGUGCGCAUACUGCAGGAAGAGAAUGACGAGCUGUAUGAGAUGCUCAAAUCCGGGGAGACUGGAAAGCUUAAGGAGGAGGUUCGAGGACUCAGACGAGUCGUGGAGAGAUUAGAGGGAGCUUUGCGAGAAUCUCAUCAAGUAAUCGCUUCAUUGUCGUCGGAACUAGACAAGUCCUACGAAAGCUUCCAAACUUCUCUCCGUCAAAUGAAUGCUAACCACCAUUCAUACGCGCCUGCCCCUCGCGACUCAUAUCACCCCGCAUCUACGAGUAAUGGGGUAAUCAAACUUCCCCCAACCGGGCCCAGAGCUCACAAGAAGCCGCGUCUCUCGGAGCCCAAAGUAUCACCCGCACGCUCCAACAUCUCUCUGCCACCAACAAAACCCCAGAUUGUCAACGCGCGGCAGAGUAUUCCUAGAGAACACGAGCCUCCUCGCUCGCCUCGCCUCUCCCCCACAGAGCCCCGCGCAAAACCAAGCAAUGUAAAGAUGGAGGUUGAUGAAGAUUCGCGGACACGUCCACGCUCCCCUAGUGAUAAUAGGGACCGCGAGUCCCACCGCCGCGAUAAAGAUCGCACACGCGAACACGACGGAGAGCGCGAGAGAGACAGGGACCGGGACCGUUUCCCGCGGCGCAACGGUGGGAGCGGCGGAGGGGGGCGGAGGGCUCGAGGGUUUGCAGGUCACGCGUAUGCAUUUGGAGAUCGGACGUUGGCGGAAAGAAUGGGACUUUAAACCAAACAUUGACUUUCGCUCCUUUGGGUAUCAUGACCGCUGCAUCUUUGGACCUUCAAAGACAUGUUUUUGUCUUGGUUCAUAAUAGUGUAUUUGGUGCGGUUCCCAAUCAAAUCGAAAAAAAUGUAUCGAUAGCUGACUUGACUUUUUGUUUUUUUCCCCUUUAUCGCUACAGCUGUAUCCUUACCAUCUUCCAAUCCUUUGUUGUUGCAUUACUAUGCACGAAUGAUCAUGAUUGGUAUUAUUUAUACUUCGCUUGUUCAUGCUAUGUUGUAUUUUGCAGUGCACAAGCCUAAGUCGCCGCUAGGCGCCGCCUACACACCGAGCAAAGUCUUAGUUGCUCGACGUUAUUCUGGAUCCAACCAC